AUGCUUCCUCUUAUGAUCCCCUUUUCGCCUACGUCCAACAAGAUGGACAAAGGAUCUCCGAGAGCUCGCGGACAAAUGAAGAAACGAUAUCGUUUGAACGAGCUGAUUAAGGACAUCAAGGAACAUCUGGGAUACGCAGGUGGCAUCUCCUCCGAUGAUGUUGACUCGGACUACUUGAAGUCUUUGUUGGUGAAGUACGUCUCCGAUCCAAGCGACUGGAUUCAGUAUUUCAACAACGACCGUAGUAAGAACUACACACGAAAUGCCAUCGAGAACAUCAACCACAAGGCGAACAUUCUCCUCCUUGUGUGGAACCCCGGAAAGGGCUCGCCAAUCCAUGACCAUGCAAACGCGCACUGCAUCAUGAAAGUGCUUGCCGGAGAACUCCAUGAGACUGUCUACAAGAACCCCAAUCAUCAGCCUGGAGACCAUGAGCCUCUCGAAGUCAAAUCGUCGACCACAUACGCUAUGAAUGAGGUGACCUACAUCUCCGAUGAUAUUGGUCUCCACCGAGUUCACAACCCCAGUAGUGAUCAGAUCGCUGUCUCGCUCCAUUUGUACACACCCCCCAACGCUGCAGAUUAUGGUUACCAUAUUUUUGAUGAAGCGACGGGCUCAGCCAGCCACGUUCCGCAGGCGCGUUCACACCUGAAGCCGCAGGAAAAUUAA